AUGGGAGGUCUCCUACCUCUCUCCCCUCCAGGUAAUGAGUGUUCUAUUGAUCAGAUGGAGCACGUGCGAGAGAUGCAGGAGAAAUUGGCUCGUCUACACUUUGACCUCUAUGGGGAGGUGGAUGAGAUGCCUGAGGACCAAAAAAAGGUUGCCAGUGACUCAAACUUGGAUAAAUUACUAUUGAACCUUGAAGAGUUGAGUUCUUCAAUACAAAAGCUGAAUCUUGCAGACAUUCAGGAUGUUCCAAAAGCUUCCAACAUCUGACGACAUAUUCAUGUCAAGGACUGCCUUUUGAAAUGCAUCCACAGGAGCUACAGAGCAGUAUAUUUUGACGUAUAUGUAUUCGAAUGUUUUUAAUUUUAGGAUAACUUAAACCAGAAGUGUCUAAAUGCUACGCUACACUGAAAUUUAAGGUAUUUGCUUCUAACUUGUGCAUUUUUUUGUAACUAUUUAAUUUAAUUAUCUUAAAAAAUGUUACACAUCUCUGUUUUAUCAGUGACCUUUUUGUAAAUAUUCUAAAAAAAAAGUGAAUGUGACUUUUCCAUUUUUCAGUUUUUUUUAAACUUGAGGAGUAUUGCCAAUAAAAGUAAGAAGUGUGCUGUGUACAA